AUGACCGAUGGAAUAAAACAUGCGGGCGUAGAACUUCAAGGAAAUACACAAACAUCGGUUUUUGGAUUGAGCUACAACAACUAUUCUGGAGAUGGUUACAGUGGAGGAUACCUAGCAAUCCCUACCAAUUUUCUAUCAAGAAAAUAUAACAUUCCUUCAUUUAAACCAUAUAAUGAAAUAGGGAAUAGUUUAAUUGCCUUAACCCCUAUUGAAAAUUCCACUAUCGUAAAUAUUCAUAUAAAGACUGAAUCUGGGUCUUUAACUUUCGAAAACCGACAAUAUUCAUCUAAUGAAAUUAUUACUACAGUCAUCAAUAAGUACGACACUUUAGAAAUUUCUCACUCUUCUGAUUUGACUGGCACAUUUAUAAACAGUUCAAGCCCUUUGGCUGUUGUCAGUGGUAACAAGUGUAACUAUAUACACCGGCAGGCCGGUUGCAAUACCUUUAUUGAAAUGGUUUUACCAAUUGAACAGCUAGAUCAAUCAUACAUUGUUCCAUACAUUGAAACACGUGGCAUAAGCACGGUUAGAUUGUUGAGUUUAAAUGAUUCGUCAUUUACUAUCAACAACUCAAUUAAGAACACAAUGGUGAAACAAAAUUCAGCAAGGAAGUUUUUUGAUUUUUCUCACAGCACAAUAUCCUAUGUCCAUUCUUCAAAUGAUAUCUCUGUCACAAUAUAUCCCCAUGAACUGGCUAACCGUGAAGGUGAUGCUUUUAUGAUGACAGCACAUGGAGUUAACCAAUACCUACCACAGUAUGACUUUGUUGUUCCAAGAGGAUUCACCAGCUUUAUAAGUAUUACUAUCAAAACUAGCGAACUGCAUGGGUUCAAGUUAGAUGGACAGAAUGUUAUAACCAAACACGUUUAUACAUUAUCUACUGAAUCUGGUACCUAUAGUUCCUUUGCAAUGCCAAUUACAAGUGGUGAACACAAUAUUACACAUGUCAAAAAAACAGAAUUUGGUCUUUGGGUUUACGGAAAUGCCCCCUUGGAUGCAUAUGGAUAUCCAGCUGGAAUAAAGUUUAGGGCAGUUUAA